AGUCAGUAAUCAAUACCUCUACCUUAGUUAAGAUUGAAUAAGUUUACUGCGUAACGUGUGUUGUUCCUGAUCAAGGUUUAGUUCAUGGACAUUUCUGAGGAAAAGUUUCUUUUCGUCGUCAUAUAUUACAGACGGAUGUUACAACAUUAAGGAUGGCUCGGCUGGUCACUGAGAAGGGCAAGAUGAGAGAAGACGAAGAAAUGAGUAUCCGAGCAUACACCUCGGAAAUAGAAGACAUUCUUGAAGCAAAGGAUAUUACUGGCUUACUCUUUUCCAAAGGAAUACUAGACUUUCCUGAUCGUCAAGAAAUUGAAGCAUCUCCUUCAAGAAUAGAAAGAGCCAAGCGUUUCCUCAACACUAUUAUAUUUCGAGGACCAAAUGCCUUUUCUGAGUUUGUGUGUGCGUUGAAAGAAAAAGGCUACAAAGACUUGGCCGACAAACUUACCCAUAAAAGAGCUACAGAUGAAAUUGCUAUGCUGAUCAGAGAUGGAAGGAAGGUGGACGAACUCAACCAAGAUCUCGAUGACCUGAAAACACGGAUGAAAAGCAUGGAGAUCACAUUCCACAGAACAGGUGCAACUAAACGUGAGGUUGAUUCACUGAAAGAUGGUAUAGAGAAUAUGGCACUAACUCUAGAAAAGAUAGAAAACCUGACAAAGACGAGCGAAGAAACUGUCGCUACCAUCAACUCAAUGCACCGUCAGCUUAGGCAGAAGGACCAGGAACUAGCAGCUGCUCAGGUAGAGAUACAGAAACUGAAGGCGGAUGUUUGGAAGCUGGAAAAGGAAAAUUCAUCAUUGAGGGGAGAACUGAAGAAACAAAAGGGGAUGGUCGAAAACUUGAAUGAGGAGAUGGACAUAGUGAAAGAGAAGAACACAGCCUUAGAGAAGAAGGUUGAUGAAAGUCAAGCAAAUAUCACAGAGAUUCUGCGAGAACAGAAGAAAGAAAUGAGUGAAAUGAAAAAAACUAUCCAGGACAUAACAGCUCAUAAUAAACCACUGGCUGUUAAGCCUGUCAAACUUAAUCCCAGAGGUAUCAUUCACAGGAAUAGGUUUCAGAAGAAAUAA